CUCCGCGCCACGGUCACACUAAUUAAUACCACACAAAAUACCACACCUCCAUUUCUUUUAUUUAAUUAGUUUUAAUUUAGAUUUCUAACUCUAAUUUAAACGCCGCUCCCCGCCACGCGCCUUGGUUCGGUUUCGGUUCGGUUCGUAUCGGGCGUUUCGGUUCGAUUUCGGUCCUGAAGAUCAGGUCAGCGUCAGGGAAACGAGCGAGCUGCUGUGUUUUGUGUUGUGUGCGAGGAGAAAACUGUGCACUUUAGAUCGGCUCGGGACGGAUUGGAUUGGGAUUGGGCGAUGUCGAAGAACAAGAUAAACACAACGUCCGGCGUGGCGGCCGGCGACUCGAACCUGAUCGAGGUGAAGUCGAAGUUCGAUGCGGAGUUCCGGCGCUGGAGCUUCAAGCGGAAUGAGGCGGAGCAGAGCUUCGACAAAUUUGCGGCCCUCGUCGAGCAGCUGCACAAGCUGACCAACAUCCAGUUCCUCAUACUCUACAUCGAUCCGCGGGACAACGACCUGUUGCCCAUCAACAACGACGACAACUUUGGCCGGGCCCUGAAGACAGCGCGUCCCCUCCUGCGGGUCAUAGUGCAGCGGAAAGACGACCUGAAUGAGUACUCUGGCUUUGGGACGAUGAAACCGAGGAACCUGAUCGGCAGCAUACUGAUGGGCCACACGCCCGUGAAGACAAAGGCCCCGUCCAUCUCCAUACCGCACGACUUCCGGCAGGUCUCGGCCAUCAUAGACGUGGACAUUGUGCCGGAGACGCACCGGAGAGUGAGGUUGCUGAAGCACGGCAGCGACAAGCCGCUGGGCUUCUACAUCAGGGAUGGCACCUCGGUGAGGGUGACGGCCAGCGGACUGGAGAAGCAGCCGGGCAUCUUUAUAUCGCGCCUGGUGCCGGGCGGCCUGGCCGAGAGCACGGGCCUGCUGGCCGUCAACGACGAGGUGAUCGAGGUCAAUGGCAUCGAGGUGGCUGGCAAGACCCUGGAUCAGGUCACCGACAUGAUGGUGGCCAAUAGCUCCAACCUGAUCAUCACCGUGAAGCCGGCCAAUCAGCGCACGCUGACGUCCACGCACCGCGGCUCGUUCUCGAGGAACAGCCAGCUGUCCAGUGGGUCACAUCACACCAACAAUACGAACACCUCCGAUGAGAUCGAGCACGACGAUCAGGACGAUAUUGUUGACCUGACGGGCGUGACCCUGGACGAGAGUCCCACGUCCACAUCCGCCGGCAGUCACAAUCAUCAGCAGCAGCAGCAGGCGGCGCCGCCGUUGUCCUCGUCACCCUCGUCGCACCACCAGCAGGCAGCCUCCAACGCGUCCACGAUAAUGGCCAGCGAUGUCAAGGACGGAGUGUUGCAUUUGUAGGACUUGCAGAGCAGACAGCACCCAGAGAACUCAAGCAACGGCGAUCGCGAAUUCACAGCAGAGGAGCGCAGAGGAUUUUCAGUUUAUCAGACUUAACUUUCCUUAAGACCGAAUAAGUUCGUUAAACUCAAGUCAAUUAUUUAAAGUUAUACCAUUUAGGCCAGCCAAUCACAUGUGUACUGAUCGAUUGUGCAUUGCUCACCUACUCAAGAGACCGGCAAAGCUCGAGAGUCCAUGAUUUUUGAUGAACGCAUUUGUAAAAUCCACAGGAAGACAUAGUUAGUUGAGUACAUUUGCAGAAAAUGGGCAUGGCUUUGCUUCAAACCAUCUAAAUCGAAAUUUUAAACGCCAUUUGUGCGAAGUUCCGCUCAUGAAGUAGGCGAGCCAUGCACAAGUGCGAUCAUAAAUGUAAUCAUACGACUUUCCCAUACAUUCCACGAAACUCACUCAAAAUCAACGAAACACUCACAUUCAUUUGCACGUUUGAAUGCAGUCCCUUGUUUUUAUCUUUUCCUUGGCAUAUAUAUAUGUGUAUUUAAAUUUGUAAGAUACGUCUUGUUAUUAUUCUUGCUUGUUGCAUUAGAUUAGAGUGAGACCGCAAGAGGAGAGAAUGAGAUGGAGAGAGCGCAUCAAAUGCAGAAGGCAGGGAAAUUACUUACCCUAACCAUUCGAAUCCACCGAUUUGGAAGGGCAAUAAUUGUAUACACUAUCCCACACACGAGCAUGAAUAAUUUAUAACCAAAACAUUCCAUUUUAUGUACUUUGACACGUCGAAACCACAAGAAACAAGGGUUCUUGGUUUGCUAGACCUUAUUUUUAUCAAUUCAGACAAUAAUUCAGUGCAUGUCUGCUUUGUAUUUCUACCCAGCUCCACAUUUUCGGCAUUACUCAUCAUACUUGUUUAUUUUAUUUUUAUAUUGUACUUUUGUAAUUUUACAUUUUGUUUCUUCGUAAAUGCGUCCAAUACUCGUACAAGUUGUUUGUUGUCACUGUCAUCAUUUAGAGUUACGGAGAAAGGAGAGAAAGUGAGGAGAUGAAGUUAACAAAACGAUAAAACUAAAACGAUAAAGAUAAAGCAAACGAAACACCAACAGCGCCUUCGCCUUCAAGAGCAAUUCGAUACUUUUUAUAUGUAUACAAGAGAAUAUAUACACCAAUACGAUCUAUGUUAAAUACGUAUCCCCGCAGACCCAAUCUUGGUCUGCAUAGGCCUUAGUCAACCCGAGAAAAGGCCGCGCCGUCGGACUCGAAGUUAACAAUAUCCACAUAUUUAUGAAGCGGAACUGGCAUAACUUACCCUAGAUAGGUAGCGAGAUCUAGGCUAGAGACAGCAGCGAAUCUGAAACUAUAUCCAAAUGCGUCGCCCCUCAUCACCAUUCCACAUAUCCUUUACUAAGCCCUAUCGAGCGAAAAGUCGUCCCCGAGUCCCGAUCCCCAAUUCCCAAGCAUACGCAUAUAUAUUAUAUAAAGGCAAAAGUGUAUUCCCGCUGAGCAACUGAAAAAGACCGAAAAGCAAAAUCACGAAAGAACUUAUAUUUUGAUGUAUGUAUUAUUAUUUUUUAAUAAACCUAAGUAAACUUGUAACCGA